AGUGUAACAACAAUGUUGUCAGGUGGCAACCGACCACGUUCCAGCUUUGAAGCGGCUGCGGCUCACGUCUCAGCUCUCAGCUCAGCUUCACGAGGCAACAACACUCGCUUCGCUAGUCGGCCGCGUAUUAGUACAGAGUACAGUGAGUAGAAAGGAUUCAAGAGCAAGGAUCCAGUACGAGGUGAACCAGUGCCGCAGUCAGAUUCGUGUGCUACAAACCGACCAACGGUGUUCUUGUCGGCUCGUCUUCUUUAGUGUGUUCAGAGUUCAGUGUUCUCUAUUUUAUAAGUUAUAACAUUCAUGUUUUUGGGAGGGAAUAGUUGUUGAAGUUCCAAGGUGUCAUAGAUUACCACACCGCCAACAUGAGGGAGGCGCACAGACAUCGAAUAUACCUAUGCAUGACGCUACUGGCACUGACGACACGACACGUGACCGGCUACUCGAACGGCGCGCCGACGUUCGUGUGCGAGACAAUGGUGCCGGGCCACGGCGUCGGACCGCAAACGUCGACGGCUCCGUACACAGUGACGGCACAGCACGCCGCCAACGAGGCCGGCAAAGUGCAUGUCACCGUGUACAGUCCCACUCAGGACGACUUCACCGGCUUCCUGGUGCAGGCGAGGCCCGACCCCAACAAUACCCGGGUCAUCGGCAGCUUCUCGGCCGUGCCUGACAACUCUAAAACUAUCGACUGUUCUGGGUUCAAGGGCAGUGCAGCUACGCAGAAAAGCAAUUCAGCGAAACGAUCGGUGGAGCUCGAAUGGGAAGCCCCUCCAGGAUACGACGGACCUGUCACUUUCAUGACAACGGUGGUGAAAAAUAAGAAUACAUUUUGGGUUGGAAUGGAAUCACCUUCCAUUCAGGUAAAAAGGUUUGCUGAUGGAGAUCUGAGCAUUCCCUCCGUGUCUUCUUCAGACUCUUCAUUCCUUGACCAUAUUUUCAAGGCUGAAAAAGACAUUUACAAAGGCUGUGGAAGAACGAAAAACUGUUUUGGAAUACCAGCAGGAUGCAUUGAGGUGAAAAACUGCACUGCUGUGGUGUCUGUUGUGCCAUCAGGAAACAAAUACCAGUUCGACAUGUUGGCAAAGCGCAGUGAAUACGUUGCUGUGGGACUCUCUGAUGACGAAAAAAUGGGUGAUGACAAUGUGAUUGAAUGUCUGCAUGAUCCCGGCCGGAGUGCUGUGCAAGCCUAUAGAUCUUGGAAUCUUCCUACUAAGAAAAACAGGAGAGAAGAGGAACAUAAUGGAUUCUCUCUACAAGAUGGCUACUAUGCGGACGGCUACAUCUACUGCCGAUUCACACACGAUCCUCAAUUUAUGAUGCACGAUAUUAAAUUUGAUCUCGAUAGAAGUCCGUACUACUUGCUUCUUGCUUCAGGAUCAAAAGUGGAGCCAAACGGCGUUGGAUUCCACAACAUUGCUUUUGCCACUUCACCUGAUAAGAAGCGAUUGUCGGAUUUGAAAAGUGUCAAGAAGGAUGAUCCUUUCUACAAGGACUGCAACUCGUUGAAAAACUGUUUCGGAUUCCCUGACGGGUGUGUGGACGAUCAGAGUUGUCAGGCUGUGGUUUCCGUUCUAGUGCAGGGACAACGCUAUGAGUUCGAACUGAAGGGAGAGACUACAUCGUACAUUGCUGUUGGUCUCUCGCAAGAUCAGAAAAUGGGAGGAGAUAGCGUGAUGGAAUGUGUUUAUGAUCCAAACACUCCUUCAAAUGUGGUGAAACUAUUCAUGUCCUGGAAUAUACCAAAUGAUAAGAAGAACACAAGAGCACGAGUGCAACAAUCAGCAGUGAACCUGUUGUCCAGUUCCUAUGAGGAUGGUGAACUCUACUGUAAAUUCACGAGAGAUGUGAGAACCACAAUUGAAGGAACAACUUUUGAUCUCGCCAACAAUAAAUACUUCCUACUAUUAGCGGCUGGCAGUGGGGCAUCUUCUGAAGGUGUUGGCUACCAUGAUAGGUUCACAGCGGUGAGUGGGCAGCAGAGAUCGCUGGCCGACGUCGGAGCUUUCACUGGAGCAUCAAAACUGUAUCUGCACCUGCAUGGAUCGUUCAUGGUUGCCGCUUGGAUUGGUUUCGCCAGUUUGGGAAUUGUGCUAGCCAGGUACUUCAAACAAACCUGGGUGGGAAAAUCACACUGUGGAACAGAUAUAUGGUUUACUUACCAUCGAAUGUUCAUGAUACUGGUGUGGCUGCUAACAAUAGCGGGACUGGUGCUGAUAUUCUUGGAGGUUGGCGAGUGGGUGGCGGGGCCCAGUCAGACUCACGCCAUUCUCGGCUGCAUCACGUCUGCGCUCUGCUUCAUCCAGCCAUUCAUGGCCGCCUUCAGGCCGCACCCCAACGCACUGAGGAGGCCGCUCUUUAACUGGAUGCAUUGGUUUGUGGGCAAUGCCGCUCACAUUGUCGGCAUUGUGACAAUUUUCUUCGCCGGACAACUCAGCAAAGCCAUGCUUCCCGGCUGGAUGGACUGGAUAUUGGUUGGAUAUGUAGCAUUCUAUGUCUGCAUACACCUAAUACUCUCGAUAUCAGGAUGUAUGAGUGAAAGACAAGGUGCCAAGAGAGUAAACGCUUUCCCAAUGAAGGAUAUAGUUGGGAGGGGUGCAAUUAAUAACAUGGAAAGGAAACGUGACAAUCCAUAUUCUGGUUUCCGGAAAUUUUUGCUCUUCAUUCAUGUGAUUGUGGUUGUUGGCGUCUCUGCAGUGCUCAUCAUUUUGAUUGUAUUCGCACCGAUCGAGGACCAGGUUAAAUCACUCAAGGACAAAAUCAUGAAUUUCUGAACAGUACAAAUUUGAUGUAAUGAGUUAGUUACUGAGACGCAUAUUGUGUUCAAAGAACAUGUAAAUAGAUAGAACAUCGAGUGGAUAAAUAACGUAGAAGUGCAAAUGUGAUAGAAAGUUCAAAAACAUCAAGAACAAAUUAAUGUAAUUAAUUUAGUCUAAAGACUAACAUUUCAUUCGUUAAUUGGGGGAUUGUGCAAACUGACUACUAUUAAGUUGAAUUCUUUUGAAAAGGAUUUUUUCAGGAGUUUCAAUAAGAACAAACUGCAAUACUUCAUCUGUGAUGUUGAUGUGACAAUUUUCUGAGGCUCAUCUUUGAAAUUUUCAGAUAAUUAAUAAUUAUCACAUAUCUUAAAAAUACGAGUGAAUUAGUCUUGCAGUAAAGCCCACGCUAAAUUCAAAGUUCCUCAUCCGUGAAAAAAUCAUUAUAAAAAUUUUGUUAAUUUCAUCUAUAAAUCUUUUGCAAUUUCUCAAUUCAGUAAUAAUGCACUCUGAAUAUAACCCUAGUUUAGAAUAACAAUUUCGAAUAAAAUUAAUCAUUCACAACUACCUCUAAUCGAAAACAUCCAAAAAUAUUCGAAUCCUUCUCCACUUCUUAAAUCGUAGGCCUAUUUUUAAUUUAAAUUCAAUGUGUUUGAUACAUGUAUUAUUAUUCAAAAUUAUUUGUAGGAAGGAUGAUAAAAGCCAUAAUAAGCAAUUAGAGAAUAGCUCAAGAAGAUUCCAAUAAUGAAUUGUUAAUAACAGCUCCUUGUAGAAGAAAAUAAUUAUAAAAUGUAUAUUAAAAAACACAAGCUCAAAAGCAAUGUCAAAAAGAACAUUUUUAUUGAAGAUUAUGAUUGUAUAACUAUUAAUAAAUAGUUGUUGUUAUAAAGAUAUUACCAUAAUUUGAAGUUUUUAACAAAACAUAUACAAUGAAAUUGUAUUAAAUAACAAUAAUAUAAUAUUGUUAUUGUUGGUAUUUUAAUAGAUUGAUUCUGAACUAUAAAUGAAUAUAUUUUGUUAAUGUCUGUACAAUAUUGCUGUAAAUUAAUUGAGGAAUUAUAUAUUUUAUAUAGACAAUUUUAUAAUAAAAUAUUUUUGAAAAUGGA